AACAUCAGUAUUUCCAUACUACUUUUUUUUUUGACUACCUUGAUGUCUUUGGUAGCAAUGACACCACGACCUGCAUUUUCUGAACGAUAGUCCUUGAUAGCGAUCUUGCCGUUUAAUGUCGUGCCAUUCUUUUCAAGCCAUUGCCAGAAGGCCACACUCUUCUCUUCAAAACUAGACAUGAUAUUAAUGCAUUUUUUUUUUGCGCGCGCAUCUUUUAAGAGCAAGGUGGCUUUGGUAGGGUGGCUUGUAUUUUUCUUUCUCUUUCUUUUUUUUUUCUCUCUAGUUUUUGCAACAUGGAAGACAAGUACAGCGAUUUCAACCGAGAUCAACUGUUGGAACGUAUCAAGGAACUAGAAUCUCAACUUAUCGGCAAUACAGAUGAUGACAUAGAAUUAAAGCAUAAAAACAAAAAACGCAAGACUACCGAAAAAAGACCUUUUGAUAUGUCAAAAUACACACAGCGAAAAAUCGCUCUCCGUGUUGCCUAUCUCGGUUGGAACUAUUGCGGUUAUGCCAGUCAAAGCAGACCUGAAGAGAUCCCCACCAUUGAAGACAUGUUAUUUAAAGCCCUCUUAAAAUGUCGAUUGAUUGAAGAUAUCGAAGCCAGCGAUUAUAGUCGUUGUGGACGUACAGACAAGGGCGUCAGUGGGUUAGGACAAGUGAUUGCGCUCAACGUGCGCUCCAAAAAGCUUCAGUCGGAUCCUUCGCCUGAUCUUUUACCGCCUGACCAAGAAUUUCCCUAUAUUGACAACUUGAACCGUAUGCUGCCACCUGAUAUUCGUGUGUUGGCUUGGGCGCCUGUCCCUGACGAUUUCAGUGCACGAUUUCAUUGCACAGCACGUACGUACAAAUAUUUUUUUGCUCGCAACAAACUACAGAUCGACAAAAUGCAGCAAGCAUGUACUUAUUUUGAAGGACAUCAUGAUUUUCGUAACUUUUGCAAGAUGGAUCCAUCCAAAAACGUCCUGAGUUAUGAGCGCCAUAUUAUCUCCAUGAAAAUCGAUCCUGUCGAACACACACAAACAGCAGGGAUUAGUGAAGGAUCUGAAUUCUACCAAGUGACAUUAAAGGGCACAGCGUUCUUAUGGCAUCAAGUGCGGUUCAUGAUGUCUGUCUUGUUCUUGGUCGGACAAGGAUUUGAAGCACCUGAAGUGAUACGCGAUUUAUUGGAUAUUGAUAAAGUGCCUUCAAAACCAGAUUUUCCGAUGGCGAGUGAUUUGCCUUUAGUCCUCUAUGAUUGUGAAUUCAAGGAUCUGAAUUGGACUUAUUCGUUUCGAGAUACAGUAUAUGACCCGCUUCCUUCUUCCUAUCGUACUUAUCUGCACUACAGUGAAGAAUGGACAGUUCAGAUGAUUCGUAGUUUGACGUGUCAAUACUAUCUUACAAAAGUAGGUGAAUUCCCUGUCAAGAUGGAAGAUCAAAUCGUUAGAACAAUGCGUGCAUUUGCUGAAGCACGGGGUGUGAUGAGCCCUGCUGGCGUGGCUACCAUUGUACUGGGUGGUGGAAAAGAAUCCCGACUGACAAAAUAUAAAUCUCUGCUUGAAAGACCUCGGUGUGAUACAGAUCAAGUCAAGAAAGAAAAGUUUGAAGUACGUAAAAAGAGAAAAUUGGAUAGAGCAAUGCUAGAUUAAGAUACCUUCUUUAUUGUGUAU